AUUUCUAUUUUGCGAUAAACGUCAUCGAAAGUUUUCGCGAUGGAAAAUCGCGAUUUUCACUUCUAUCGCUUACUACAUUUUCGCAGCUACUGAAAGCUCAAAGCUGCCUUCCGGAAUAAAAUUAUUGAUUUUUGCUUUUGUUCUGCAUCUAUGGUAUAAAUUAAUCGUGUUUUAUAUAAAAUCACAGACAUAAGAACGCGAUGGAAGGUUAUGUCUGUGUUUUGUAAGAGAUUGCUUAUAACAAAUUUUAGCAUUUUCCAUUAAAAAUUGAGCUUUACGUUUUUGUGAAAGUGUGUAAUCUUGUGCUUCGAAAUGGGACGAACGAAGAGAACCCCCAAGAAGAUCAGCGGCGGUGUAAGUGAAAAUGACAACCCUUAUAAAAAAAAUAUUAAGACUACUUCAAAUCGAGUCGUUUUGUACAACAAUGUUGGCGCAAACAGGGAGUAUUAUUUAGGGGAAAUUUGGCUGGGUAAAACAGACAACACCAUACCAAAAAAAUGGCGAGCUUGUCGAAUAGAAUACGACUUAGAUUUGUUGAAACUCGAAUUCGAUUUCAGUACAUUUGUUGUUAUAAAUUUGACAACAGACAUGAAUUACAUAAAGGGUCUCAUACGGUCCAAAACAUAUAUUGUACGUCUUAUACAAAGGGCUGACUUAGUUUUCGCUGACUUGUACUUUUCUGAAUUACCCUUUUCGAUUUUCACUCCAGUAAUCGAAAAUAUCACAAGAACUACUUUUGCUCUAUUAUACGACAUAGAAUUAAAUAACAAGGACCUUCUAAACGGCGAAAAAUCGACUUCGGCGGGUGAUAUAAAAGACUUUUAUAAAGAACUGAAACAGUUCAAAAAACAGCCCGAAAAUAGCGAAAUAGAUGUUCAACAUCCAGCCUUGGCUCCUAAAUUAAGACUUUACCAACAAGAGGCUGUAAGGUGGAUGCUGAGCAGAGAACAAUUUAAAAAAACUUCAAAAAAGGGAUAUAAAUUGGAUUUGAAUCCUUUGUAUAAGGAGGUGACGUUAAAAAGCGGCGAAACUGUAUAUUUAAACAAAUCGAAUUGCUACGUGGAAAAUACACCUCAAUUGAUACCACCGUUAAGAACGGGUGGUAUAUUAGCGGACGAGAUGGGCUUGGGAAAAACAGUUGAAGUAUUGGCAUGUAUACUUCUCAAUCCAUACAAUGAAAACGACGCUACCAGCGCUUCAUCCACAAGGGUCUGUAUAGAAAGCUUUUCGCAAAGUAAUGCACCUCAAACCAGAAAAAGACGAAAGCCUUUACAGAACGCUAUCAGCGAAAAAGAACAAUUGUAUGUGGACAAGCCGAAAAAACUAAAAGUACCCAAAGACUGGGUGAAAAACCCGAAGAAAAAGUCCAACAAUUAUAUCGCUCUUCACACUUGGUACGAAAGUGUUCUCAAUGAUAUGAAAAUAAAAAAGCCCGAAGCCGUGCUCAUUAAAAAGGUACAAUGUAUCUGCGGAAAUCGUAACGAAGAUAACAUCAUCCAGUGUGUCGACUGCUCAAAAUUUCAACAUGUUUCCUGUUUUAAUUACAAGCCAGAAUUCGGGGAUUACAGGUGUGCCCAAUGUUGGGAAAAUCAGCCGUAUAUAGAAUGCAAGGGUACAAUAAUAGUAUGCCCCAAAGCUCUUGUAAAUCAGUGGCUAACAGAAAUUUCGAAACACAUAGACAAGGGUCUCAAAGUUUUCCACUACGAUAAACGACCAAUUUAUCCCACUCAGCUGAAAGAAUAUGAUAUCGUUCUGACGACUUAUAGUGUACUUCACACAGAAUUUUGGACAACUGAAGUAGGAGAGUCGGCGGUAUUGAGAAGGACUCCUAGAUAUUCGCCCCCGGGAAGUCCAAUAACCCGGAUGAACUGGUGGCGGGUUUGUCUUGAUGAAGCACAAACUGUUGAACUGCCUAGUAAUAAAGUUUCCGAAAUGGCUUUGAAACUUCAUGGGGUGCAUCGGUGGGCCGUUACUGGUACCCCCAUUUGUAAAGAUAUCUCAGAUUUGUACGGUUUAAUAAGUUACAUGCAGUUCGAACCGUUUGAUGAUAAAGCAGCUUGGGAUUACUUAUUAUAUUUACCAUAUCUGUCGGGUAAUAAACAACCCAUGUACGAGUUUCUUAGUAAAAUUUUAUGGCGAACUGCAAAAAAUGACGUUUUAGAUCAGAUCAACAUACCAAAGCAAACUGUCGAGGUUUAUUCUUCGGAAUUUUCAGCUGUGGAAAGGUAUUUUUAUAAACGCGAACACGAAUUAAGCGCAAAGGAUUUUCUAGAUAAAUUGCGCACCUACGACCUAAAUAUUCCUAUAUGUUCACUUCCCGAUGGGCAUCUAAAACAUAUUAUAGGGCCCCUGUUAUCAAUUAGACAAUCCUGUACACAUCCCAACGCUGUUAGAGGCCGAUACUUAGCUACAAAGAAACAAGUGGCUUCUAUGAACGAUUUAUUAGAAGCCCUGAUCUACAAAAACAAUGUAGAAAGCGAAGAACAUUUAAGGAUUGCCAUUUCCGCAAUAAACGGUAUAGCCGGUAUAUAUUUACUGCUUAAUAAUCCUGAACAGGCUGUUGAGGAAUAUCGUAAGGUUUUACAAUUAGCGGCCAGGUUUAACGGCGAAAGCCAGAAAACAGAGGGCUCCACAAUUGACAAAUUACAACUGAUUCAUACCAUGCACAAUCUGGCUGAUGUUCUAGACAUGAAACCCAAUGUAGCUCCGACUUUAAGGGACUCGACCCUUCGAAAUGAUUGUCGGGCGUUGCAGGAGAAGUUCAUAGACAAAUACAUCAAGGAAACCAUCUCCGCAUUGAAAGACAGCGCUUCGGCCACCGAAUCGGUGGUGAGAUUGCAGGAAAAACAGACCCUGGUGGAAGGAGAUUGGUAUUCUGUUUUACUAGAUUGGAUAAGUGUUAACGAGUACUCCGAUGAACUCAACAAGAGGAUUAUGACCACGUUGGAGAACGCAGAUCUCAAUAAAUUUUCAGAGUUUUCUAAUGAGAGAAAGAUAUUGUACCGAGUGACACGAUGGAGCCAGGAUGUCAUGAAUUUACGAGACGAAACGAUGAGUUUGCUCGAAAUGAUGUACACGUACUCGAAAGAGAACAACAAAUUGACCCUGGCUCAGGGUCUUGUCGAGUACGCGGCAGGAUGUCAUCUGAAGUCCCAGAAGAAAAGCGGGAAACGAGAGAGCAAAAGCAAGUGUCUCGUUUGCGACGUGGACAGCAAAAUGAGAGACUACGAAAGCAAACUGUUCAACACAACCAAACUGGACGAUCCAGACAAAUCAAACAAGGGCAAUUGGAAACCAACCGUUUUCGAAUUAGUCUUAAAAGCUCUCCUGCUCCUUGGAAAGGCCAAAAAGGCAGACAAAGAACUCUUACAGAACGGCCACUUUUUCUGCAGUCAAAUAGACAACAUGAAGAAGGAAUUCAAAGAGUUGCGGAGGUUCUGGACGUACCUGGAUCGACUUAUAUGCGCCCAAGACGAAGUAGACAUGUGCAAAAUCAGACUGAGACUGAAGGAUCCUAGCAACGAUCAAUCAAAACCAAAAACAUCCAAAGUAGAUCGAAUUAUAAAGCAACUCUCAAUGACCACCGACAAUAAAUUAGAAACCAUUCAUAUGCUGGAUCCACACGAAUUGGAUUACCAAAGGGCAGUGCUUGAGGGAGAAGCAAAUCAAGAAUUACAAGAGUUGGAAAAAUCAUUAGGGACCCGCAGCUAUUUGGAGACAUUAAGAAGGGACCAGGAAUCCAGUGCAGGCCCUGAUCCUUGUCCCAUAUGCAAAACAACGUUGGAGGAACACAAGAGUGUUCUACCGUGUGGCCACUGUUACUGCCUCGACUGUAUUCAAAUCCUUUUAGAACAAACGUCUGCGAAAAAGAUUUCGUGUUCCAUAUGCAGACAGAAGCACAAAAUUGAAGACAUUUCGUACAUUAAAUCUGGAAGUGCGGUCAAAGAUCUGGAUCUGGUUAAAAUAAAAGGAAAUUACUCGACGAAAAUAGAAGCAGUUGUAAAGCUGGUUGUGAAAUUGAAAGCCGAAGACAGUUCAGUUAAAAUUUUGGUAUUUUCCAGUUGGCCGGCGAUCUUGAAAAUAAUACAGAACGCGUUCAAAGAAAACGACGUAACCUGUGACCUUUUUAGUACACAAUGUAACAUGAACCAAUUGGCAAAAUUCAAGGACCCAAAUCAAAACCUCACGGUGCUUCUACUUCCCAUCAAGUUGGGUUCCAAAGGGUUGAACAUUAUCGAAGCUACCCACGUGUUUUUUGUGGAACCUCUUCUCAACCCAGGUGACGAGCUUCAAGCCGUUGGGAGGGUUCAUCGAAUAGGCCAAACCAGACCUACCUUUGUUCAUAAGUUUUAUAUCAAAAAUACCAUCGAGGAAAAUAUUUAUUUAUCGACGUCCACGUGCACGGAAAAAUGGGUGAAAAACAAAGUGACUUUGAAAGAAUUGCACGAUCUAUUCACUGUUUCCGACAACGCGAAGAGUGAAAACGAAAACGAACAAGAUGAAAAUCCUCCUGAUGACAAUAUGGACGCUUCUGGUUCAUCAACGGGAUUAGAUGAUGAAUCAUCCUCUUCUACCUUGACGAAUGAGGUAAAAGAAGAAGGGUACUCGAUCACUGAUUCAACGAACCCUCAUCAGAGUUGUAGAAAUGCCAGGCUGGAUUCCAUAGAAUCGGAUUCUGGAUUUGUCGAAAUGAAAAUGAAAACAGAAUAAAACGUAUCCACGGAAUUCAAUCUUUUUAUACAGUAUUAAGUGUGUAGUGUAAGAGUAAAUAAUCUUUUUUAUUUCUAGGACUAAAUAUUUAAGUUUUAAUUGUACUUACUCGUAAGUGUACGGUUACACCAUUACAAUAUCUGUUUUGUAA